AUGAACAGGAAAACAAGGCGCUGGAUCUUCCACAUCUUCCUGAGCCUGGGGAUUGUGUAUAUCAAGAUUGGGGGUUUCUCCUCUGUGGUGGCCCUGGGAGCCAGCAUCAUCUGUAACAAGAUCCCGGGGCUCGCCCCCCGGCAGCGGGCGAUCUGCCAGAGCAGGCCCGACGCGAUCAUUGUCAUCGGGGAAGGGUCCCAGAUGGGCAUCAACGAGUGCCAGUUCCAGUUCCGCAACGGCCGCUGGAACUGCUCGGCCCUGGGCGAGCGGACGGUCUUCGGCAAGGAGCUCAAAGUGGGGAGCAGGGAGGCCGCCUUCACCUACGCCAUCAUCGCGGCCGGCGUGGCGCACGCCAUCACGGCGGCCUGCACGCAGGGCAACCUCAGCGACUGCGGCUGCGACAAGGAGAAACAGGGCCAGUACCACAAGGAGGAGGGCUGGAAAUGGGGCGGCUGCUCCGCCGACAUCCGCUACGGCAUCGGCUUCGCCAAGGUCUUCGUGGACGCCCGGGAGAUCAAGCAGAACGCCAGGACGCUCAUGAACCUGCACAACAACGAGGCCGGGCGCAAGAUCCUGGAGGAAAACAUGAAGUUAGAGUGCAAGUGCCACGGGGUCUCGGGGUCCUGCACCACUAAAACCUGCUGGACAACGCUGCCCAAGUUCCGGGAGCUGGGCUACAUCCUCAAGGACAAGUACAACGAGGCCGUGCAGGUGGAGCCUGUCAGGGCCAGCCGCAACAAGCGCCCCACCUUCCUCAAGAUCAAGAAGCCCCUUUCGUACCGCAAGCCCAUGGACACAGACCUGGUGUACAUCGAGAAAUCCCCCAACUACUGCGAGGAGGACCCGGUGACGGGCAGCGUGGGCACGCAGGGCCGCAUGUGCAACAAGACGGCGCAGCAGUCCAACGGCUGCGACCUCAUGUGCUGCGGCCGCGGCUACAACACCCACCAGUACUCCAGGGUGUGGCAGUGCAACUGCAAGUUCCACUGGUGCUGCUACGUGAAAUGCAACACGUGCAGCGAGAGGACAGAGGUGUACACCUGUAAGUGAGCCUGCCCCGGCCGCUCCCGGCCUGGAUACAUUUGCACAUGCACUCCACGGAGCUGAGCGGAACUGCGGCAAGAGCUGCUCUCCCCAGGAGAUGCUCACCAACGGAGCCCUCUCUUCUCUCCUCACCUUUCGUUGCUUAUGUGGAUACACAUUUCAGACUCUUAUAAAGUCAGCCAAGAAACAAAAACAAGCAGACCCCUCCUCGGGCCACCAGAGACAUGAAAGAGAGAGGAAAGGAUCGCCUCAGUGAGCCUGCCCCUCAGGAGGAGGGAGCGCUGGCUGCCUUGCGGAAAGAACCGGCCAGGGAGGCAUCUCUGGGGCUGGCAACAACUCUCGGUUUGGGAAAGGGGUGCUCAAACACCUCUGUGUACGAGGAGCAGGGAGGGGUAGGGGAGAAAUCCCUAGAGAAGGGCUUUGCACAGGAUGGGAUGGACAGAGCCUCCCCGUGAAUUGCCUGUGGGAGUGUGUGGAUAACACAGAUUUAGGCUCCCACAUUCGUGAAAAGCUUCUACUGGUCUUGCCCAUAUUUCCACGUCACAGCACUUGCUGCAGCAAGAAGAACUGUGGAAGGGUUCUGUAGACACUGCUUUAUCUGCCUUUCUCGUGUGUGUGUGUGAGCUGCAGAUUUUAGCACAGGGAUUUGGGACACUUGGGCAUAAUAAUAACAAUAUUUAACAAUUUAUUCAGAUAAAACUAAUAUUAAUUUAUUUAAUUAAAAGAAGAACUUUACCAACCUUUCUGGAACUAUUCUGCAAUUAAAGUAGAUAGCUGGCUUUCUUUGUGGAAUAAUUUUGUAGGAUCAGCAAGGAAACACUGGAGCUGUACAUAUUAUUCUUGACUAGGAUAUUUCUAUUAGAUGGACUUGCAGGAUAUGUUCUACAGUACUGGAUGUUUAAGGACAAAAGCUGGAGUCUUUAUAUAUAUGUACAUACACAAACACACUGUAUUUGGGGGUUUUUGUUUGUUUGUUUCCUCCUGUUUGCUGCUAGUUGUCUGGAACAAAAGUGGAGUGGUAGGGGUUACAGAUCUUUACCAGUUUUGCAUUUUGUUUUUUUUUUUUUUU